AUGCGUUGGUGCACAGUGUCGGAGCCGGAGCAGAGAAAGUGUGCUGAACUGGCCAAAGCUCUUGUUGCAGUUUUACCUCCCGCAGAAGUGACAGCUUUCGCUCGACUCUCCUGCAUCCUCGCCUCCAGUACAACAGACUGCAUCGAGAGGAUCCGGGCUAAUCGUGCAGACAUAGUGACCCUGGAUGCAGGUGAAGUUUACUCCGCGGUGAAGCAGUUCGGCCUAGUGGCUGUAGCCAAAGAAAUAUACAACGACGGGGGGUGCAUUCUGUCCGUGGCGGUGGUGAGGAACAGCAGCUUGGAUGUCCGGUCAUUGGAGGGGGUUCGCAGCUGUCACAGUGGGGCGCGAUGGACUGCAGGGUGGAGUCUCCCUCUGGGCUUCCUCUUGUCCCGCAACUACCUGAGCUGGUCUAAGGAGCAGCCUCUCAGCCAAGAUGUCAGUGCAUUUUUCAACUCCAGCUGUGUUCCUGGAGCUGCUGCCAUGGCGCCCUCUCUGUGCUCUCUGUGCCAGGGCCAAAAGUCCUAUAUUCGAAACAAGAAUUAUCACUGUGAAACGUCCCACAGUGAACCUUUCUACAACAGCCAGGGUGCUCUCAGAUGUCUCAGGAGUGGAGCAGGAGAUGUGGCGUUUGUUGACCAUUUAGCCUUGCAAAGUAUUGAAGAGAGUGAGUGGGACGAGUUCAGGCUCUUGUGCACAGAUGGGACUCAGGCCCCUCUGAGUCUAUACAGGUCCUGUAAUCUGGGCCGAGGUCCCGGAGGAGCACUGGUGACGCGCCCCAACCUCCGCAAGAUCGCCAGGAAAUUUAUACAAAUAAUUCAAGCGCAGUUCGGACCAAAAGGAAAAGAAAGGCUUCGGUUCCAACUCUUUAACUCAUCUGCGUUUGGGGAGAAUGAUCUUCUGUUCAAAGACGUCACAGAUAAACUGGCUAUUCUCACAGUGGACGAGGACAUCAGCCAGGUGCUGGGACUCGACUAUGUCGCUCUCCUCAAAGGACUAGGACAUGAAGGGAGCUCUCUGGAUGACAGUGUGAUCCGAUGGUGCUGUAUCAGUCAAGCAGAGCAGACCAAAUGCGAACAAUGGGCUCUCAGCAUCAAGUCAGACCCUCUGGUGUGUGUUCGGGCAGCUUCGAUGGCACACUGUGUUGAAAAGAUCAAGAGAGAUGAGGUUGAUGCUGCUUCACUGGAUGCCACGCACACAUUUAUUGCAGGAAAAUGUGGCCUUGUCCCUGUUGUCACCGAGUAUUAUGGUGCAAAAUGUUUGUCUGCAGUCGAAGGAUCUACACAUCUGGAGACUGAUGUCCUGCCAUCGAUUGUGGGUGUAGCACUAGCGAAAAGAGCCAGUAGAAGCAUUUUCAUUGGUAACUUAGGCAGCCGUCGCUCCUGUCACAGUUACAUGUACAGUCCUGCAGGGUGGCUACUGCCUCAUCAAUUCACCCUGAGCCUGGAGCACAACACCUCCUCACCCUGCAAUCCUGACCAAGUGUAUAAUGAGGUGUUUUGGAAAGGAUGCCUUCCAGGCUCUGAGGGAAACUUAUGCAAAGUGUGUAUGGGAGGCACUGAAGACGCUCCCUCCAAACGCUGUGCUGAUAACCACAACGAACGUUAUUAUGGAAAUAUGGGCGCUUUAAGAUGCUUGGUCGGUGAUCCCACAGGAAAGAGUUAUGGCGAAGUCGCUUUUCUUGAGCAGCACAAUCUCCAAGCCAAUAUUCUCAAAUGGGAAACCUGUAACCUGGGCGCGAUCCCUCCAAACACUGUGAUGACCCGACCAGUCCUCACUGCUCGAGUUUACGACUUUCUUAUGAAGUCCCAGGAAGCUCUUGCCGCCAAUCCUGACACCACGUUUAAGAUAUUUGAAUCGCAUCAGUAUACAGAGAGUGACUUGUUGUUUAAAGAUGCUACUAAGUGUUUCGUCCACACAAGUCACAAAGACUAUCGCUCAAUUCUUGGGGAGGAGUUUUACCAACAUGCAGAAACUGUCUUCAACUGCACGCAUUCAGAUCUUCUGGAGUUAAUAUCGCCAUACGUUGGAAAGAUGAGACUGCUGUUGCGAACGUUUGCCCUGAACACAGCCGGUGGAAGCAGGACCUUGUGCUCAGGUGUGCUGCACUUCGUGCCUCCUGUCAGUUCCACAGAUGUGCAGUAUGUGGAGCAGCUGCAGGACUUUGUGUCCCGGGCCAGACACCUGUUUGUCCUGACCGGAGCAGGACUAUCCACUGAGUCCGGCAUUCCCGACUAUCGCUCUGAGAAAGUGGGGCUGUAUGCACGUACCACGCGACGCCCCAUGGACCAUAUGGAGUUUGUACGCAGUGCCAAGUCUCGUCAAAGAUAUUGGGCCAGAAACUUUGUUGGGUGGCCCCAGUUCUCCUCACAUCAGCCCAAUACUGCACACAAGGCUUUGCAACAGUGGGAGCAAAGAAGCAAGCUGCACUGGCUGGUCACACAAAAUGUUGAUGCUCUUCACUCCAAGGCAGGACAAAGGAGACUGACUGAGCUGCAUGGAUGUAUUCACAGAGUGAUCUGUCUUGGCUGUAGUAACAUUUCUGGCCGAGAAGAUCUUCAAAGGCGUUUUGAAAAUCUUAACCCAGAAUGGACAGCACAUGCAGGAGCAGUGGCACCUGACGGAGAUGUGUUUUUAGAGGAUGAGCAGGUUCUGAAUUUCAGAGUGCCUCCAUGUGGUCACUGUGGGGGAAUACUCAAGCCACAUGUUACAUUUUUUGGUGACAGCGUGAGCAAACCCAAAGUGCAGUUUGUUCAUGAAAAACUGGCAGAGUCAGAUGCUGUGCUUGUUGUCGGCUCUUCCUUGCAGGUUUACUCUGGUUACAGAUUUUUAUUAGCUGCAAAUGACAGAAAAAUUCCUGUUGCCAUUAUCAACAUUGGAUCAACAAGAGCUGAUCACCUGGCUCAGAUAAAAGUCAGCGGCCGCUGUGGAGAUGUGUUAUCGCUCAUUCAGACUUUGUGA